GCGCGGCCCUUGCCUCCCUUUUCAGCUCUUCUGCAUCCCUUGUGGCCUUGUCACCCGUCGGCCUCUCCAGCUCUACCGCCGCCGCCGCCGCCGCCUUCUGUGCCGUGUUCCUCUUCUCGCCGCCCUUCAGCGGCGCAACUAGCUCCGUGUCCUCGGCGUCCUCCUCCAAGCUUCCUACUUCUUAAAAUAGAGUUAUUACUGCAGCUGCUCGAUCUCUUCUGCUUGUGCAAUUCCUGGCCGCCCCACACGCCAUGCGCGCAACAUGUUCGCGCAAUCGCCUGAGCGAGCUGCUUCGCUGCCGGGGCCAGGGCCAGGGCCAGUGGCAAUGCCAGUGCCCGUACCAGCUUGCGCUCGUGCGGGGCAUGACGCGGGGCCGCAGCGUGAAGGAACGGAGCAAGAAGAAGCGCGUGCACGCGCUCGAGGUGGCCAUCGAGCGCUGGAAGGUGCUCUCCAAGGUGCUCACCGUCGUCGAGGCGCUCAAGAAGGAGGAGGAGCACGUCACCCCGCUCAAGCGCCUCGAGAUCCUGCGGCCGCAGCUUGGCCUCGUCAAGCCGCACAAGGUGGCCCACUUCGUGCGCCGCUCGCCGCACCUGUUCGAGGUGUGUCGCGACAGCCGCGGCGUCAUGUGGGCGGGGCUCUCGCCGCAGGCAGAGGCGCUCGUCGAGGAGGAGGCGCGCCUGCUGGAGGAGCACUCACCCACGGCCGCGCAGUAUGUCACCAGGAUGCUCAUGAUGUCCGUGGACAGGCGGCUGCCAAUCGACAAGAUCGCCCACUUCCGUCGCGACAUGGGGCUUCCUCAUGACUUUCGGACGCGGUGGGUACACAUGUUCCCCGAGCAGUUCAGGGUGGUCAGGUUGGAGGAUGGUGAGUAUCUGCAGCUUGUCUCUUGGAACCCAAACUGGGCAGUCACUGAGCUUGAGAAGAAGGCUGCCGCAUCAUCUGGUGAUGCCAAUGCCAGUCCUCCAGGAGAGCUCUCGCUACCGUUCCCGUUGAAAUUCCCACCAAAUUUUACAAGUUACUAUAGGUUUCGAGGAAAAGCUCAUCACUAUGUGAAGACGGGCAAUACCGAGCAGUUUCAAAAGAUCACCUACCUGUCCCCUUAUGCGGAGGUGAAGGGAUUGACUCCAGGCACUCCAGAGUUUGAUAAGAGGGCUGUUGCAGUAAUGCACGAGAUACUGAGCUUCAUGUUGGAAAAGAGGCUGGUGACCGAUCACCUUACACAUUUCCGCCAUGAGUUUGUAAUGCCGCAGAAGCUGAUGAGGUUACUCUUGAAGCAUUAUGGCAUCUUUUAUGUUUCUGAGAGGGGGAAGAGAUUGAGCGUGUUCUUAACAGAGGCAUAUGAUGGGACAGAAUUGGUAGAGAAGUGCCCAUUGGUGAGGUGGAGGGAAAAGCUCCUUCAACUUACUGGUUAUAGAGGGAGGAUGAAGUAUCUUGGUAAAUUUGACGCAUCUUCUGAUUCAGAGGGUUACUUAUUAGGUGGUGGUGGUGAUGAUGCUGUACUGCACAUUGAAAGUGAAAAUUCGGAUGACAUCUUAGAUAGCUGUUCUAUUUCAGAUGAUUCUGAGAUGGAUUUAGGGGAUACGGAUGAAUUUUGCAGAGACUGAAUUGUUGGGUGUGCAUGUGUAGCACAGAAGCACAGUUUUUUGUUUUUGGUUUCAUUAAAACAAAACUCAGAAGAAAUUGCUUCUGACAGUAGGCUCUGGAUAUAAUUGUAGACUAUUCCCUAGCUGCUGGUUUUCCCAGAGUUCCAGGUUCUAGCCCAAGCUUAAACAUAUUGAGGCAGAUUGGGUAUUGUUUUCUCGGUACUGACGUAUUUGGGCUUCCAAAUAUUAUCCAAAGCACAAACAAAUUGCAAUGAUAGGAUAUGACAGGGUUGAAUUUUGUUUGUACCAUGUUCCAUUCAUGUCAUAAAACCAGAUCAGUGGCCUAUGAUAUCUUCUUUGGGAAAAUAAUGGAUGAGACAACAUGCAACGUGCUGUACUCAAGUUAUGAUUCUGUCCAAGAUAUAUUCAUUAAACAGUCUUAGCUUUCCUUUCAGCACUCCAGAAGGCAGGAAGUGAUGAAGUAGAAGUUCAGACAUGCACGUAGACCUCCCGGUGUCAUUGAUUAAUGAUAACUUUAUAUACAAGCAAUUUUAUAGUAUGAAUGAACAAAUUGAUUGCAAUAA